UAAUAAUUAAAGUAGCAUAUAUCAAUGAUGAGUUCCACCACCAAUAAUAACAAUAAUUCCAAGGAGGAUUACGAUGAUGCUUUCACCAAAGCUGCUUCCUUCGCAUUUGCUCAGGUGUUUCCUGCAAUCUUGAACGCUGCUAUUGACAUGAACUUGUUUGAUAUCAUAUCAAAGGCAGAGAGUUCGUUAGGCAUGUCAGCUUCUGAUAUUGCAUCCAAGAUUCCAAAGCAACACAGUGAGAUGGGUAGCAGACUUGAACGCAUGCUGCCAUCAUUGGUGGCUCGUUCUCUUCUGACUUGCUCCAUUCGCACCAUUAAUGAAGAUGGUGACACUGAAAGAGUUUAUGCAAUUUCUCCUGUUGGACAAUACUAUACAAGUAAUCAUCAUGAUGAACAACGAGGCUCCUUGAUUGCACUGUCAACUUUAAACUACCAAGGGCACCGUCAUCUUUGGACAGAUACAAAGGAUGCAAUAUUGGAUGCUAACAAUCACAAUCAUUUCCAAAAAGUGUACGGAAAGAUGGCCUUUGAAUAUAUGGAGACAGACACAGAGUUAGGUAACCUUUUCGGGCAAGCAAUGUCACAAGCUGGGCCUUUAGAAUUGAAACAAGUUCUUAAUGCAUAUAAAGGCUUUGAGGGAAUAUCAACCUUAGUUGAUGUAGGAGGUGGAUAUGGACAAAUCUUGAAACAAAUUCUCUUGCAAUAUCCAUCAAUUAAAGCAAUUAAUUUUGAUCUGCCUCAUGUUGUUAAAAACGCACCCCCUCAUCCAGGGAUAGAGCAUAUCGGAGGAGACAUGUUUAAAACUGUUCCAAAAGCUGAUGCCAUUUUACUCAAGCAUGUAUGUCAUAAUUGGAAAGAUGAAGAAUGUGUCAAGGUUUUAAGAAACUGCUAUGAAGCUUUGCCACCACAUGGGAAGGUCAUAGUUUUGGAUACUUUAUUGCCAGAAAUUCCGAAAUCAACAUCGUUUAAGGAUACUCAGGCUGUGGAUCUCGAUUUUCUUAUGUUUCUAGUUCUCGGUGGAAAGGAAAGAACCCAAAAACAAUUUGAGAAAUUAUGCAAGAUCUCAGGAUUUUCCCGAUUUCAGGUUGCUUGCAAUGAUUCCUCAAAUAUCCUUGCAGUCAUGGAGUUUUACAAAUAAACAUGAGAGUAAUGACGCCGAGCGUUGUUUGGGUCACCAAUCUUAGUGAAAUUAGCAACUUCACAGUAGUAAAAAUAGUCAUAAACUCACUUUAUUUGACCAAGUUAAGAAUGUAAACUAGACAUCUUAGUUUAAAGAGAGUUUAGAGUAAAAUAAAUAUCAAACUUAUAUCAUAUUCAACUUAACUCUGUUUUAUAAAUAAAAGGUACAUGAGUUAUUUAUACUUGUGAAAAAGAAAAAGCCUUCAUAACUUAGAUAAGGUGAGACUAAUACAUAACACAAAUUUCACUAUUCUAAACCAUAUGAGACUUGUAUUUUCUUAUUGAGGAAGUAUAGGGAACCAAUGAAAUAUUUGUACAAUGUAUACAAUGGGAGUUUAGGGAU